CCCAGAUCGUGUGCCUCAGACACCUAAUCUUAAUUAUGUCUCUACGAAGGGCUUUACCUCGAGAGUGGUCCCCCUACAGACAUUGCCGAUCGCAUAAGCGCAUCAUUUCCGACCUUCCUUCUAAACUCGUGCACCAACGAGUGGUGAAAGACUUAGCUGAGGCCGACAGAGACAUCUUGGAUGGCCUCCGCAAAGUGGGAUUCAAGUUGAACGUGGGAGAUGACGACUCUGGUCCUUUCCCGCUAAUUUGGAAAAAGGGUGGGGGUUUUCACUUUGACGUUGGGGCAUCGCAACAGAUCAUCGACGGGAAAAUCAAGCUAAAAAGCAACGGGAGUAUUACUAGGUUCACACCGAACGGAUUGUUAUUUGAGGACGGUUCAACCCUUGAAGCGGAUGUAGUCAUCUUGGCCACUGGCUACGCGGAUGGGCGUAUUGCGUAUCUCCAGUUGCUACCAAGUCACUUGCAUGAUGCCGUUCAACCCCUUUGGGGCCUCGACGAGGAGGGAGAAUUGUACUCCGUAGCCCGCGAAAUCGGAGGACGAGGUCCCCAGGCUGCGAAAGUCGCUGGACUAUGGGCAAUGUUGGGCAAUUUGGCCAUGUGUCGUUUCCACUCCAAACAUGUUGCAUUGCGCGAGUAGUUCCGGCUGAUCUGAGUUUUUUUGUCGGGCUGAUAUGGUUGGCAGAAAUCAAGGCUUAUGAAGAAGGCAUAUUUGGCGAGCGGUACUGACCUUGUCCUCACUAGUGAUCGUGAGUUCCCUCGGAACGAUCGAGAGGGAAUGAGUGUCUCCUGUUGGGUCUUUGGUUUACCUAGGGGAGACUACCUCGGAGCAGUGGUCGUCUCAACUAGCUAAACCACAAGUUCAACCACAGCUGCUAUAGAUUGACUAUAUGUUACAUGGUAUCCUUGUUCUCAUCUUCAUUGACCCUAUCCCGCAGAUGAUUGAAGUCUAGGUUUGUCUCUGGGUGCUUUGAAUUACAAUCUUCUCUCUCUCUCUCAAGUCCCCCGAGGAUAUUGACUGCGUG